AUGUCGUUCGGAAAGGUCUACACCAAGGAGCGCAACCCCCGCACCACGGCCAUCCUCGCUGUUGCGAAGGCCAACGGUCUGGACAUUGAGACUGUCGUUGUCGACACCGUCAAGCCCACCCCCGAGUUCCUCAAGCUCAACCCCCUGUCCAAGGUCCCCGUCUUUGUUGGCACCGAUGGCUACGUUCUGACCGAGUCCAUUGCCAUUGCCAUCUACCUCACUUCCCAGAAUGAGAAGACCACUCUGCUCGGCAAGACCAAGCAGGACUAUGCUUCCAUCCUGAAGUGGGCUUCCUUCUUCAACAUGGAGGUUCUCCCCAACCUCGGUGCCUGGUACCGCCCCCUGCUUGGCUGGGACGCCUACAACAAGAAGACCAUCGAUGACGCCCAGAAGGCCGCCGCCAAGGCCAUCGACGUUGUUGAGAAGCACCUGCUGAACAGCACCUUCCUCGUUGGCGAGCGCAUCACUCUCGCUGACCUGUUCGCCGUUGGCAUCAUCUCCCGCGGCUUCCAGUUCUUCUUCGACAAGGAGUGGCGUGCCAAGAACCCCAACGUCUCUCGCUGGUACGAGACCGUCUACAACCAGAAGAUCUACUCUGACGUUGCCCACCCCUUCGAGCUCCUCGAGAAGCCCGCUCUCGAGAACAAGCCCCCCAAGAAGGAGGCUGCCCCCAAGGCCGAGAAGCCCAAGGCUGCUCCCAAGCCCAAGGCUCAGGCCGAGGACGAGGACGAUGUCCCUGCUGAGCCCAAGGCCAAGCACCCCAUCGACCUCCUGCCCCGUGCCACCUACCCCCUCGAUGAGUGGAAGCGAUUCUACUCCAACAAUGACGAGGCUGAGUCCAUGAAGUACUUCUGGGAGAAGGUUCCCAAGGACGAGUACACUCUGUGGUCUGUCAAGUACAAGUACGAUGACGAGCUCACCAAGACCUUCAUGUCCUCCAACCUGAUUGGUGGUUUCUUCACCCGUCUUGAGGCUUCCCGCAAGUUCCUCUUCGGUUGUGCUUCCGUCUACGGACAGGACAACGACUCCAUCAUCCGUGGUGCUUUCACCAUCCGUGGUGACGACCACGUCGCUGCUUUCGACGUUGCCCCCGACUGGGAGUCUUACGAGUUCGCCAAGCUCGACCCCGAGAACGCCGAGGACCGCGCCUACGUCGAGUCCAUGUGGAAAUGGGACCAGCCCGUCACUGUCGACGGCAAGGAGUACCCCCACGCCCAGGGCAAGGUCUUCAAAUAA